CACACGCAGCAGUCCUCUCAACCUUCAGAUCAGUACAUCCCACUAUGCUUUGCGAUGGUCUGACAAGUGGAUCCAAGAUGGCGUAGAAAGUAAAGCUAGACGUUUUGUCCCUGAGUCAUGGCGGACAGGAGAGCGGAGAAGUCAUGUGAAGAAGCCAGCAGAUCGUUAGCCAGGCGGGAGUACGAGGCGGCAGUCAGCCACAGCACGGAUGCCCUGGUGGUCCUUGCACCCCAAGCCCCACCUUCCGGUGCCCCUCUCAAGCCGAGCCCUACAUCCCUUGUCGCUGCCGCCGGACCCCUCCGCAGCCGUGCACUGCUCUACCGAAUUGCUGCCUUCUUGCAGCUGAAAAACUAUGAUGAAGCAGAUGAAGACUGCAAACAUGUCCUGGCAGAGGAGAUUGCCAGGGGAGAUGGUUCGCUACAGGCCAGCUUGCGCUCCAUGCUGUUGGACGGCAGCCUGCAGGAGGUGGCCAGCAUCCUCUCUAAAGCCUUGUAUGGAGAGCCAAUGAAUGGCAUUGUCGCAAAAGAUCUUACCAGAUUAAAAAUGCUGUUCUCAGAAAUCGAGGCUAUAAAUAGAGAGAUGGCACCAGAAUACACAGAUGACCAGGAGGAAGAGGUCCAAGAUGGCUGGCAGUUCCGGCCUCCUCCCAGAGGAGUCACCAGCAGUGAGGAGUACACCCUCUGUAAAAGGUACUUGGAGCAGGGCCUGUGCCGCUAUGGGGCCCAGUGUACGUCUGCCCACUCUCAGGAGGAGCUGAUGGAGUGGCAGAAGCGCUAUGCGUCACGCCUCAUCCGCCUCAAACAGCAGCAGGAGAGCAAACACUUCACAGAGAACUACAUGGAGACUCUGAUAGAGAAGUGGAUGAAUUCCCUCUCCCCAGAGAAAGUGCUAAGUGACUACCUAGAUGGAGUGAAUGUAGAAACCAGCUCCAGCCUCUCUGUUACUGUCACCUCCAAAAAGUCCUCCCACUCCUGGACCUUCUCUUUGUUGUGCAAGCCGGCUAGAAAGCUGUACCGCAUCGCACUGCUCUACGAUGCCCACCGACCACACUUCUUCAUCACAGGUGUGUCAGCUGGGGAGCGGCUGCAAGCCCUACCCAAAGGCUGCCAAGAGUGGACUCCAGGAGAGGAAACAGGAGUGGCAGCAGACAAUGGCCUGGACCACUGUGUCUACAAGGUAGCAGUGGGCUUCAGCACAGAAAUCUUUGGUACCUUUCGCCAAACCGUUGUUUUUGACUUCGGCUCAGAACCUGUGCUGAUGCAGCGGAUCAUGGUGGAUGCUGCCUCUAUUGAAGAUCUGGAACACCUGAUGGCAGCCAGGCAGCAGCUCUUGAUCACUGCAAAGCGCUGGGAUUCCUCCUGUAAGACCAUUGUAGAAUUCUGUCCGAAUGAAACAAUGGCAGAACUGGAGCGCGGCCUCCUUUCACGCUAUCAGAUCCCUCUGUCGGCCGACCAGCUCUUCACACAGUCAGUCCUGGACAAGACUCUGACCAAAGACAACUACCAGGCCCGACUGCAUGACCUGCUCUACAUAGAAGAGAUUGCACAAUACAAGGAAGUUAGCAAGUUUAACAUCAAAGUGAGUCUCCAGCUCGUCACCAGCUUCAUGCUGACAGGCAUUUCUGUUGGAGCCAAGUAUGCCCAGAACGGGCAGCUCUUUGCACGCUUCAAACUCACUGAAACACUUUCUGAGGACACAUUGGCUGGACGGCUAGUGAUGACAAAGGUAAAUUCAGUCCUGCUGCUGCCGUUGGGCCGUGAGGGGUUCAGCAGCCAUCCGCCUCCUGGGGUCAAAGAGCGUGUUUAUGAGGCGGUCAUUGAAGAGAAGACCAAGGACUACAUCUUCCUGAGGAUCUGCAAGGACUGCUGCGAGGAGCUGGGGCUACUGCCUGACAGAGAAUUACAGGUGGAGCUCCAGUUCCAGCUGAACAGACUGCCACUCUGUGAGAUGCACUAUGCCCUGGAUCGCAUCAAAGAUAAUACCAUCCUUUUCCCGGACAUUGGCCUUGUCCCCACCAUCCCCUGGAGCCCUAACAGGCAAUGGGACGAGCAGCUGGAUCCCCGUCUGAAUGCCAAGCAGAAAGAGGCCAUCCUGGCCAUCACCACACCCGUCUCAAUUUCCCUGCCCCCAAUCCUCAUCAUUGGGCCCUACGGCACCGGCAAGACCUUCACCCUGGCACAGGCUGUCAAGCACAUCCUCCGCCAGGACCACAGCAGGGUCCUGAUCUGCACCCACUCCAACAGUGCAGCCGACCUUUACAUUAAGGACUACCUUCAUCCAUACGUCGAAGCAGGCAAUCCGCAUGCCACACCUCUCAGGGUAUACUUCAGGAACCGCUGGGUGAAGACGGUUCAUCCAGUGGUCCAGCAGUACUGUCUCAUCUCCAGCACACACAUCACUUUCCAAAUGCCCACAAGGGAGGACAUCCUCAGGCACCGUGUGGUGGUGGUCACCCUCAGCACCUCCCAAUACCUCUGCCAGCUUGACUUGGAACCCGGGUUCUUCACUCAUAUCCUACUGGAUGAAGCGGCCCAGGCCAUGGAGUGUGAAACCAUCAUGCCUUUUGCUCUAGCUAGCAAGACCACCCGCAUCGUGCUGGCUGGAGACCAUAUGCAGCUCAGUCCAUUUGUGUACAGCGAGUUUGCGCGGGAGCGUAACCUGCAUGUGUCACUGCUGGACCGACUGUAUGAGCACUACCCCCCUGAAUACCCUUGUCGCAUCCUCCUGUGCGAGAACUACCGCUCUCAUGAAGCUAUCAUCAACUACACGUCAGAGUUAUUUUAUGAUGGAAAGUUGAUGGCAAGCGGGAAGCAACCUUCCCAUAAGGACUUCUACCCGCUGACCUUCUUCACAGCCAGAGGCGAAGAUGUCCAGGAGAAGAAUAGCACUGCCUACUACAACAACGCAGAGGUGUUUGAGAUUGUGGAGCGGGUGGAGGAGCUGCGCAAGAAGUGGCCAGUGUCCUGGGGCAAGCUGGAUGAUGGCAGCAUUGGGGUGGUUUCACCAUAUGCUGACCAGGUGUUCCGCAUUCGUGCCGAGCUCCGAAAGAAGAGGAUGCAUGAGGUCAGCGUGGAAAGAGUGCUCAAUGUCCAAGGUAAACAGUUCCGGGUGCUGUUCCUCAGCACAGUGCGUACGCGGCACACCUGCAAACACAAACAGACGGCCAUCAAACGUAAAGAGCAGCUAGUUGAGGACUCAACAGAGGAUCUUGACUAUGGAUUCCUCUCCAACUACAAGCUACUCAACACAGCCAUCACCAGAGCCCAGUCCCUGGUUGCAGUUGUGGGAGACCCCAUAGCACUGUGCUCCGUUGGGCGCUGCAGAAAAUUCUGGGAGCACUUUAUCUCCAUAUGCCAUGAAAACACGAGUCUACACGGCAUCACCUUUGAGCAGAUAAAGUCUCAGCUGGAGGCCCUGGAGCUCAAGAAGACCUACGUCCUCAACCCUUUGGCCCCAGAGUUCAUCCCACGUGCCCUCAGGCCAAUGCAAGGGCACCACCCUUCUUCGCAGGCCCUUCAUCCUCACCAUCAUCCACAUCCUCAGCAUGCACAGCCCGCCUCCAGCAAGCAAGGUCCACAGCAGCAGCAGCAACAGCAGCAACAGUCACCCCCCAAGGGGAAACAUGCAAACCAUGCAGAGCAUCUUCCACCUGAAGGAUAUGUCCAACCCAACCCAGCCGUGCUAAUGGGAAACCCUAUUCGGGCAUUUACACCACCCUUGGGUGGCACACCAGCUGGAAUGGGCAAGUCACCAAGUCCUGUUCAAAGGAUAGAUCCUCAUACAGGCGCCAGUAUCCUCUACGUCCCAGCCAUGUAUGGUGGAAACAUGGUCAUGUCCAUGCCCCUGCCGUUGCCUUGGCCAGGUUAUCAGAAUCGCUUUGCUGUGGACCCUCGCAUCAUGAGCCACCCAGCCAUGGCGUACAACUUCAAUCUGUUGCAGGCCCAAAAUCGAGGCUCGCCCAUCCCUUACAGUGGGGUGGCUCACCCCUCCCCUCUGGGAAUGGGCCAGCCCAGCCCUGACAAGGAGCUACAGGCAGACCCCAUCAGAAAUGGUAAAUUAGAAGGAUGUCCAAAGGCAGAACAGAGCCGUCUACAGACACCAGAGAGGAAAACUGCAGACAUGAAGGAAAAACAGAUCCAGGGAGAUUUAGACACAGGCCAAAGUCGAAGCCUGGACUCACAAACAGAUGGGCUGGUUGGAUUUCCCAAUGCGCUGCUCCAUCGAAAAGAUCCCUCAGCUGCCCAAAGACCCCUCAACUACCACCUGGCACCACCCAACCCAGCUUUUCCUCCACAUCCUGCCAGUGGAAGAGCCUUCCCUCCACAGUAUCCGGUCUCCAGGCUUCCUUAUCGGGUGAGCCAGCCUCAGCACCCAGGGAUGGCCCCACAAAGUCAGCAGCAACAGCAACUCAGCCCUGCCUACACUGGUGGAAGCCACAACGCUUCCUUCUUCAGUGGCCCCAUACCCCCUCACAGGGCUGUCCAGUCUCCCACUUUGGAUGGGCCCGAGCCUGGAGGGGUGGAGGAGAUGGGUGGUUCUAUUAGAACUCCAAUGGGUCACCCAGGGGGUCACCACCCAGGCCUGUCACAGCAUAACAGGGUCAACAGCUUUGGGGAGGAUGGACAGGAUGGAAGCCUGGGUGAUAGUUUGGACCUCCAGGGUCCCUUGGCUCUAGAGGCCCUGAGCCAGCAGCAGCAGCAGGCAGCCAGACUGGGCCAGUGGGGGGAGGCGGCAGGUCCUUUUCUUCAGGGCAGCGUCGCCUUCCCUCUGCCCCAACAGCUCGCCCACCUUGCUCAGCCCGGCAUGGCUCGCUUCCCCCAUCAGCUGCUCCGGGCAGCUAGUUGGGGCCUUAGUGCCAAUAUGGAGGAUGAGGCUGUUAGUUCUGCCUCCACUGGGCCGCCUUUCACCAGGUACCCGGGCCUCUUGAGAGAGAUGCCCCCACAGGAACAGCCUGAACCGAGGGAUGCAGCUGAGAUGCAGCCCCCACCCCAGUCCCGUCUCCUCCAGUACCGCCAGUCCCAGUCCCGUGCCUCAGGUGACCCUUCAUCCUCUUUAGCCGCCACCUCCAAUCAUGCUGGCCCUUUCCCAUCAGUACCCUACUCCCAUGACGGGGGGCGAGAUCUCCUUAACGACAACCUUCUCAACAACCCAGCUCUGCAGCAGCAACAGCACCCUGGGAACCCCAUGUAUAAUACUGGUAGCUACCCACAUCAGCCACCAGCACACUCUGCCAGCCCCCCUCCCUCCCAGGUCAAAUACCUUCUGCAAGAGGCCCAGUGGCCCCAUGGCGGAGCUGCAUCAGUGAGCCCAUCACAACAGAACCACCUGUUGGGGAACCAGGGCCAUGGCCUUCCUUACGGACUUCCCAUCAUGGCUCACCCUAGCAGGCAGGAGCAAGUCCAUCUGAUGCAACUUCACCAUCAGCACCAGCAGCAGCAGCAGCAGCAACAACAACAGCAACAGCAGCAACAACAACAACAACAACAACAACAACAGCAGCAGCAGCAGCAGCAGCAGCAACAUCAACAACAACAACAACACCAACAAAGUCAAGGUCCAGACCAGGAGUCCUACCACCCUCUGUCCCCCAGAACAUCAGCAGCCACAGCCCAUCACAAUGUAGAUGAGUAUGAACCCAGAGGUCCAGGCCGGCCCCUCUAUCAGCGGCGCAUCUCCUCGAGCUACCCAGAUGAAUCGUCUCCAGCCAACGCCCACAAUGCCCUGUCCCAGCAGUCCCAGCCUUGUCCUUCAGACCCCCAGGACCACCCUCAUCCGCACAUACAGCAUCAUCCGCACCCACAUGCCUCCUACGGUUACCCCUCACAUGACCUCUGGCCCAGUAACGGUGGGGGUCCCGUUCCGUUUCAGAACAUUCCAUGUAACGGAGCGGGCACACUCGCUCAGCACCGGGACCUUCUGGCUUCCAAGGCCCUUCGUCAGACGGAGGAGCAGGUGAAGGCCGAGGCCACAGCAGCACAGCAGACGCACCCCCACUCCCUCAACUCCCUUCAGCACCUUGGACAGUUUCCACCUCUCAUGCCCAAUAACAAGCAGCAGCAACAGCAGCCGCAGCAACAGCAGCAGCAGCCGCCACCACCACCGCAGCAGCAGCAGCAGCCGCAGCAGCAGCAGCCGCCACCACCACCGCCCCCACAGCCUCCCACAGAGGCCAACCAGGGGGCUCCAAAUUUGAGCAAACCACCAACCAUGUCCUAUGCCAGUGCCCUCCGUGCUCCACCAAAACCCCGAGCUGUUCGCCCUGAACAGGUCAAAAAGAACAGCGACCCUCUCUCCCUCCUACAAGAGCUGAGUAUAGGAAGUUCAAAUGGUAGCAAUGGGUACUAUUCCUACUUUAAAUGAGUGUCACCCCCUCCCACAUAAUGAGUAAUCGAUGAAAUAUAAAACUAAACAAAAAAGGCAAAAAUGUUUUUAAAAACACAAAAAAAUAUAUAGUGCAAAGUGCAUUUACAAAUUGUUUCUAUCAGUAGGUUUGUUUUCUGCAUUUUGUUUCAUUUUAACUUUUUGUUUGUAACGGUCAUCUUUUCUCCUGUUUCACAUAUCUGUGAAGAAAAUAAGUAUAUAUAAUGAAUGCAUUACUGGUAUAUAUACAUACUCAUUAUGUAUAUAUGAAUAUAUACUUAUAUUAUCUACACUUGUAUAUGUACGUAAUGCUAAAAAAAAAAAAGUUAUAAAAAAAUAAAACGACAAAAAAAAAAAAAGUUUGGUUGACCACUUAGCUACCUGCAUAUUUUUCCUUAUUGAAGUCGCUUUUGUUGGUUACUAAAUAAGUAUGUUGAAGUUUUUAUCAUUUUGUAUUCUUCAGUUUUUGAGUGGACGUUACGUCUUGAUUUUCAUACUACUGUAGUUGUGGUAACGGACAAAAGCUAAGUGGUCAACUGACACAGAAACUACAUGGAACAGUGUAUAGAAGUAGAUAAAUUUUCCUCUAAUCUGUAAAUAUAAAGAAAAUAAAAGACUGAAUUGUAUGCCACAGACAUGUCCUUAAAUUCCUGUAUCAUGCUAGCAUUUGCAUUAUGAAUUAUUUUCCGUUUGUUGGCUUCUGAUCCUUAAUUCUUAGACAUCCUGGGAAUAGCUGGGAAUUAACUUCACUGAUUUAGUAGUAAAUGUGAUUAUUUACUGAAAAAUAACAACACAAAUAUUGAUUGCGCAUUUUACUUUUCACCAACGUCUCAGCAACAAUGGAAACAGUGUGAAAAUGUCAAAAAAAAUAGUAACAACCAUGUCAUUCCUCUGUUUGUUUUAAGGAUCAGAGAACACCAGACAUCGCUUUCUAUGAUAAAAUUUAUCCCAAACUGCUUCGCUUGUGGCCGAUGCUCAGUCAUUUUAUUAUAUUUCUUUUGUUUGUGUCAACAUAAAUCAUCACCAUGGAAUUUCAAUUACUGCUGGGGAUAUGAAAUGUGUUUUUUUUCCUUUUUUUUUUUUUCUUUUGAAAAGGUUGCAGUACUCUGAGGGUUUGUGAAAGUGAAGAGAGAGUGGUGAGGUCAGAGUGGUGUGUCAUGAUAAGUAAGUAGAAACUGAGGGUGUGAUCAGCACUGCCAGCCAGGCGUUUUUGAACAUUUUUGGUUAAAUCUGAAGUAUGUAGUAAAUACCCUAAAAUUGCACACAUUAACACAUUAAUAAAUAGGGAUGUCACGAAUUUGGAUUUUAAGGUCACAAACUGAUUUAACUUUUGAUUAAAUGUUUUUAAUGCUAUACCAUUGUAAGAUUCUUGAGGGUUGAUUCAUAACAGAUUAACAUAUUAUUGGUUUUAUACCCUGACAACUGUCCUCAACAUUUUAAAGUUAAAAAUCUAGGCUGCAUGGUAUCAAGUGUGAUAAAACUGCCAUAUUUUUCAGGAAUGUACUUCACUAAGGCCAUGUGGCCAACUUUUAAUUUUACUGAUCCUGCUUUUAGUUGUCAAGAUUUUUUUAUGUAGAAUUGAAAUUGUGGUUCCCCUUUGAAUAACACACUAACUCUUUGUGGCGUAUAAUUUGAUUAGAAAUGGCCCUGAUCUUUGCUGAUGCUUUGAACAUGCUGUUGGUUUUGCAGCCACAGAGUUCCCCAGUUGCCUUUUCAUGCUAUAAGCCAGAUUGCCCAAAGAGCAUUUGCCAUUUUCUCUGUAAGACAAUCUUUAAAAUAUCUGACUAAUAUGAUCAUUUUAAUAAACAAUCAUAACUCACCCAUAGGCUAAUAUUUUUCACAGUUUCUCCAAAACAAAAUUCCAUGUCAAAAUAAUUUACCUAUCCCUGUUUUUCAGGGUAUUCAAAUCCAAGUUCCUCCCAUUUCCCCUAACACUUUUGAGCUUCAGAUAUAACCAGAAAAGUAACUUUAUAUAAGCUGUUCAAAGAUGUCUGACUGUUCAUGUGUCUGUUUGUGCAUAAUAAGAAUGAAUCAUUAAUGUUGUAUGUUGUUCCUGAUCAUUCAGUCUAUUCUGAUUGAUAUAUUAAUAUUAAAGCAGCAGAUUGAUCUCAUUCAUUUGAAUUGAAUUGAAAAAGCUCUCUGAGCGUUCUUCACUUUGCUUUCUUCUCUCUCAACCUUAAACACGCUACGGACAUAACACAGGAACAUUCAUGUAUGAAUUCUAGUUAUUGAGUUGCUCGUUAUUUGUUGACACACAGAGGCCACGCAGCUUUUACACGCACAUGACUUUCACUGCUAAUAUACAUACUGAACCCCCGGUGAUCUGAAGUCCCCUGCAGGAAAAAUAUAAAAAGAUGCUGAUACUAUAUCUGCCAAGGUUUCUCCUUUUAUGACUAAAAGCAAUCCUGGAAACAGUCAUCCAUUGCUUGGUCCUGUUGUAUGUAAUUCAUUUUAAUUGUUUGAACACCACUGCCCCAUUUGCAAAUUGAUAAAAUUGUAAUAAGCAUCUUGCUCUUUCACAUGACAGUAAAUCACUGUUAAAUCUCUUCAAAUGUAACUCUCAGAAAGCUAGUACCCCUCGGCUAAUAACUUAGAUGUGUUUUUAACAGUCAGCGGAGAGCUUCAUGGUUUUAUUUGUAUGUUUUUAAGUUUUGACAUUGUACUUCAAAGGUCCAGAUUUUUUGACUUAGCGGAGAACAACACAUACUUGUAAAUAUGCAUUUUCUAGGUAUUUACAAACAAGAACUUUGGGAGCGCCUCAAUUUUGUAGAAGCUGUUCAAAGAAGAGGUAUGCCCUUUUUAAUUAUGCAAAUUCACAAAAAAUAAUAAUUCUAGAAAUGGACAACAACAACAACCCAGUUGGUAGUUGGGACAUCUUGUAACUUUUUAGAUUUUUUUCUUUUCUUAAGAUGGUGUCUGGCUGAUUUGACAAAGAGGAGAAUUUCUGUUGCAGCUGUGAUAAGACGACUUAUUUCACUGUACAAUACAUAUUUUGAAGUAUAUGUUGCUGGAUUUGUCCUGUUCUGUUUUCUCACCGCUAUACAACAAUCAAUAUGGAUUUUUUAAAUUUUUUUUUUUUUUUUUUUUUUAAUGUGAAGAAUGAUUCUUUUCAUGCAUGUUGAGAUGACCUGGCUGGUUUUUAUCCCUGUUUUUAUCAGUUUGUAUUGAUUUGUGGAUGAAAAAAAAGAGAAAAAAAAGAAGAAAAAAAGCUUUUGUUCAACCUACAAAGUCAAUUUUUGGUAUAUUAUUUGAUGUGUACAAUAACUUGUGACAUUAUCAACAAAACUAUUAUAAUAUUUUACUAACAUGUCAAUCAAUAUGUAACGGUCAUGUAAGUUCUUUUUUUUCUGCAGUUACUUAGCAGGGCGAAAGCUGAGGUUGCUCCCUGGUGUGUGUCCUAUUUACGAAGCUUCUGUUUUUUUUUGGGGGGGGGGGAUCAUGUUUUCCCCAAAGCAGUCGUUGGCUAAUCUCUGAAGUUGUGCAAUACUAAUAUUUCACCGCUUCUUCACUUUUAUUUAUUUUUGAAGCAGAAGAGAUUGAGCCAAAGACAUUUUAAAGGGAUUUUAUUUACAGAUGUUCGUCAUUGCUUAUUUGUUUUUAAGGCUUCAUUGUUGUCCUUCCUGUGUUUCUAAAAUGAGGAUCUUUGCUAUGAAACUAAGGGUCUUAACUCUUGUAAUGAAGUUGGAUUUGAGAUGUUUUCAUCACCCCAUAUUGCACCAUUUAUCAUAUGAAUUAUUUUCUUUUUAGAAAAUUCUGUGUUGCCUUUUAAAGAAAACAAAGCAAAACCAACUUGUGUGUGUGUGGCACAUGGAAAGGGAGCAACCUUUUGCCCAGCCAGUAGAGAGCACUGUGUUCAGCCUUCUAUAAACGCCACAUCUCUUCCUGUUAUCUGUUUGCUCUCCUCUGUUCUUCCCUCGCUGCAGUGAAUCAAUGGCACACCUGUUCUCCCAGCCUCCUAGUCCCAUUGGUUCCUCCCUCGUGGGUACAAAAUAAUGAAUAGAUCUGUUUUACUCUUCUUCAUUUCAAUUGGUGGUGGUUAUAAUAAAGGAUUUAGACUGUG